UAUAUAUUCACCAGGAUGCAGUUUAUCAGUCAGCCUCUGGAACUUUUUCAUAUUCGUGGAUUAAGGCGUUUGGAGCAAGUUUGGAGGGUUGACAGUCUGUUUUUCGCCGCCAUGUUCUUCUCACAAAUAAAACUGAGAGCGGCAUCAGGCCUGAUUCGGGGGUGAAAAUGGAGGCCGUUGUCCCUGGAGGUCUGAUGAAACUGCUGAAGGCAUCCACAGAAACCGAAGGUUCAGGGUAUGAAGUGGCCAGACGUCGAUCGAAGAGGUCUGUGUUCCUGCACUCCGGAGUGAGAAUCUGCCCCCAGGAGACCAUUGAGCAAGUGCUCGCCAGCCACCAGGCUUAUUACCAACUCAGAGUUUGUCAGGAGGCUGUGUGGGAGGCGUUCAGGAUCUUCUUCGACAGGAUCCCCGGGACAUCAGAGUACCAGAUGUGGGUUCACACGUGUCAACACGAGUCGCUCUGCAUCUCCGACCUGGCCAAAAACUUCAGUAGCGCCGAGGAGCACAUGAGCAUGAUUCACAGGAGGAUGAACCGCAGGAGAGACCAGAGGCCUCCAAGACGACAAGUGGUGACUCCUGCACCAACACAGGAGAUCCUGGAAAUAGAAGGUGCAGAGGUUCAGACUGCCAGCGUGUCAGUGGCCCCACCACCGACCCCCACCAGUACCACCAUCCUUCUCAGCCCUGUGAGUGCCUCUCCAAGCCACGGCCCCGAUCAGACCCUGGCAGCUGAGGAGGUUGAGGAGGACUCUGAGCUCCCUAACGUGGUCCCUGAGAGUCCGGUGGAGCAGAUUGUGGAGUUCAGCAUCGACCUGGUCGAUCCAGGUUACAGAGAGCUGCUGGAUGAUCCAGACUCCCCUCAGUACAUCGACCUGGCUCAUCACCUGCAAGACCAGAUGCAGCAUGUUUUUGACGAACUCCCAGGAUUUAAAGCCAUCCAUGUGCUGGGGAUCAGUUUUCAUUUCCAGCUCUUAUACCUUCUUUUCUUCUCCCCAAUGCAAGCGAGACCCAGGACACUGAAGGGUAAGCCAGGGGGAAUCUCAGUGCACUAUUCCCUCGUCUUUGAGAUCAAUUCCCCUAAAAUCAACUCUGAGAAUUCAGAGACAGCAACUGGCACCCCGGACUCGUCAGACAACUCUGGACUCAGGGAAAUGGUGACCAAGGCUUUGCGUGAGGAGGCCUCGCUGCCAAUUGAUCUUGACUCGCUGAAUUUCGAACCAGAAGCAGUACUCCUUCCAGCACUGACAUCAAGCUCCUCAGUGGAAAUAGUGGAUGAGUCUAGUGAGCCAGAUUCACACAAUGAGUUCGAAGUUUUCACUGAAGAGCCAGAAGUUGAUAAACCUCGGCUGGUCGUUCCCCUCACGCCCAUGGAGAAGGAAAAUGCACUUGUGACCCUGCUAGAUCCCACAGCUGUCCCAGAUGAUGACACAAUGGCGGUGACUGGUGGGGUGGCAGAGAGCACUGAUCAUUCCUCUGCCUCAGAGAAUUUUACAGAUGUCUCUGAGGCAAUUUAUGUGAGUGAGCCUGAGCCAUCAAAUGGAGACGAGGAGGAAGAAGAAUUACUGAUCAUUACACAUGAGAUUGAAACCAUUCAUCACGAUGAAACUGGUGAACUUGUGAGAGACUAUAUCCCGACCCCCCCUGCCAUUCCUGAGUUGGAGACAGAUGCUCCGUAUAUUAGUAUGUCUCCGAAUCUGAUAUCAGAGGAAGACCUGGCUCCUGUUGAAGAGGACAGCAAGGGUCUUACUUUGGAUGUAGUCACCCCCACCAAACAGAUUUUAUUUACCGCAGCUCCUGCUGGAGAAGAGCUGACUGAUUUGGUGCUCCCAGUCACAACACUUUCAGGCGUCACAGGCCAGCCGCCCACUGAACUAGCAGUUAACCUUCAAGAAGACGAAGAAGUUAAUGCUCUUCCAGAUGAAGAAGAGGCUGAAUUGGUGCCUGAACCUUAUGACACUGUUGACGUUUCAGACACAAAGGGGCAUGAUAUUUCAGAGUUAGAAACUGAAGUUGAAUUGCUAGAACCAGAGGGAGAGUUAGUGGUGGAACCAGAUGAAGAACUGCUUGAGGUUUUGCAGCCAACACCUGAACAAAUUGAAGUUUCUGUCCCUAAGGAAGGGACUUUAGCAGCGUCAGAACCUGAGAUAGGAAUAACUGAAGAUUCAGAGCCAGGGAAAGGCGUAGCAGACGUUUCAGAGCCAGAGGAAGAAGUAGCUGAAGUUUCAGAGCCAGAGGAAGCUCUUUCUGAAGUUUCAGAACCAGAGGAAGAGGUAGCUGAAGUUUCAGAGCCAGAGGAAGCAACAUUUGAAGUGUCAGAGUCAAAGGAAGAGGUAGGUGAAGUUUCAGAGCCAGAGGAAGCGACAUCUGAAGUUUCAGAGUCAAAGGAAGAGGUAGGUGAAGUUUCAGAGCCAGAGGAAGAAGUAGCUGACGUCUCAGAACCAGGGGAAGAGCUAGCUGAAGUUUCAGAACCAGAGGAAGAGGUAGCUAAAGAUUUAGAGCCAGAGGAAGUGGCAUCUGAAGUUUCAGAGUCAAAGGAAGAGGUAGCUAAAGUUUCAGAGCCAGAGGAAGAAGUAGCUGAAGUUGCAGAGCCAGAGGAAGAAGUAGCUGAAGUCUCAGAACCAGGGGAAGAGGUAGCUGCAGUUUCAGAAUCAGAGGAAGAGGUAGUUAAAGAUUUAGAGCCAGAGGAAGAAGUAGCUGAAGUCUCAGAACCAGGGGAAGAGGUAGCUGCAGUUUCAGAAUCAGAGGAAGAGGUAGUUAAAGAUUUAGAGCCAGAGGAAGAAGUAGCUGAAGUUGCAGAGCCAGAGGAAGAAGUAGUUGAAGUCUCAGAACCAGGGGAAAAGGUAGCUGAAGUUUCAGAACCAGGGGAAGAGGUAGCUGAGGCUUCAGAGCCAGAUGAAGAAAUAGCUGAAGUUGCAGAGCCAGAGGAAGAAGUAGCUGAAGGUUUAGAACAAGGGGAAGAGGUAGCUAAAGAUUUAGAGCCAGAGGAAGUGGUAUCUGAAGUUUCAGAGUCAGUGGAAGUGGUAUCUGAGGUUUCAGAGCCAGAGGAAGAAGUAGCUAAAGUUUCAAAACAAGGGGAAGACAUAGCUAAAGAUUCAGAACCAGAGAAAGUGGAAGCUAAAGUUUUAGAGCCAGGGGAAGCAGUAGCUGAAGUUUCAGAGCCAGAGGAAACAGUAGUGGAAGUUUCAGAGUCAGAGGAAGAAGUAGCUGAAGUUUCAGAGUCAGAGGAAGCAGUAGCUGAAGUUUCAGAGCCAGAGGAAGUAGUAACUGAAGUUUCAGAGCCAGAGGAAGAAGUAGCUGAAGUUUCAGAGCCAGAGGAAGUAGUAACUGAAGUUUCAGAGCCAGAGGAAGAAGUAGCUGAAGUUUCAGAGCCAGAGGAAGUAGUAACUGAAGUUUCAGAGUCAGAGGAAGCAGUAGCUGAAGUUUCAGAGCCAGAGGAAGUAGUAACUGAAGUUUCAGAGCCAGAGGAAGAAGUAGCUGAAGUUUCAGAGCCAGAGGAAGCAGUAACUGAAGUUUCAGAGCCAGAGGAAGAAGUAGCUGAAGUUUCAGAGCCAGAGGAAGCAGUAACUGAAGUUUCAGAGCCAGAGGAAGAAGUAGCUGAAGUUUCAGAGCCAGAGGAAGCAGUAACUGAAGUUUCAGAGCCAGAGGAAGAAGUAGCUGAAGUUUCAGAGCCAGAGGAAGAAGUGGCUGAAGUCUCAGAGGAAACAGUGGCUGAAGUCUCAGAACCAGAGCAAAAAGUACCUGAGUCGGAAGAAGUAGCUGAAGUUUCAGAGUCAGAGGACGAGUUGGUAAUAGGAAAUCAGGAAGAGACGGCAGCUUCAGAAUCAGAAGAAAUGGAAAAGAAGCUUGGUGACGUUUCAGAGACAGAGACAGAAUCAGAUGAUAGCACAGUUGAGAUUUUGACGGAGGAAGCAGUGGAAGUUUUGCAGCCAGAAACAGAAGUUGUUGAAGUUACAGAUGAGGAACCAGAGGAAGGCAUAGUUGCGGUGUCAGAACCAGGUCCAGAUCUUGAGAAUGAUGUUGAAGUUUUAGGUCUAGCUCCAGAAGUAGAGGAAGAGUCAGAUCUUGGCUGGAAUGUAGAUGAGGUGUCAGAACAAGUGGAAGAGGUGGUUGAACCUGCACCAGUAGGGGAGACAGUACCAGAAGCAGAGUUAGUUGAGGAGGAAGCCGAUGAUGUUGUGAAACUUGUAAAAGAUAUUGUGGAUAUUUCAGAACCAGAGGAUGGGACUUUAGAAUCAGAGGAUGGGUUGGUGGAGAUUUCAAAUGAAGGAGAAGUCGUCGAAGAACCAGCACCAGUUGAUGGUGUGGUUGAAUUACUGGACCCAGCAUCUGAACCAGAAACAGCACCAGAACAGGAAGGGCAUGUGACUGAAGUGAUACAAACUGGAGACAAGAUAGUUGAGGCUGCACAAUCAGAAGAGGAACCAGAAAAGGUUUCAGAACCAAGUGAAGAAAUGGUAGAGGUAGUGGGAAUAACUCCAGAACCAGAUCAAGGGAAAGAGCCAGAAGAAAUACCUGACGUAGUACAACCAAAAAAAGAUGUAGUUAAGGUUGUAAAACUGGAAGAAGUGGUUGCAGCUCCAGAACCGGAGGAGGAUACUGUAGACAUUUUAAAACCGCAACAUCCACCAGCAGCUGCAGAAGAGGCAGUUGAUGUUUUAGAAGGACAAGAGGCAGUGGUUGAGAGUCCAGAGGAAGCAUCAGAACCAGAGCAAGGCGUAGAUCUUGUCAAACUACCAGUAGAAGAGUUUUCAGAGCCUGAAUCAGAAGGGGAUGGUGUUGAUGUCCCAGAACCAAGUCCAGAGGAGGGGUUAGUUGCCAUUUUAGAACCAGAACCUGAGGAAGAUGUUACUGAACCACCAGCUGAAUCAAUCAAAAUUCUUCACGGAUUGGAUGGUCGGGGAGAAAUUCACUCUCGAGAAGAUACUGCUCAGACUGUUGAAGAGGAGUUCCUUCAACCCGACAGACCGGACUUCCAUCAGCCACACGAGGAGGAUAACUUACUGAUCAUACCGGUAAAAAGCCAACCUUCUGAAGAUGUAGGUGAACCGGAACUCGAAUACCCCAUUAUCCAUGACAUUUACACUGUGGAGGAUGCUGACAGCAUAGACACACAAGUCGAGAUGGACACUGAUGCAGUUACUACGACGGAAUCAUCCGAGAGUGAUCUACAGUUGGAAAUAACCUCUGAUACUGCAGAGGUGACAGCUCCAGACAAACCAGACACAUCAGAGGGCACCAAAGUGACAGAAAACCUCCCUGAGGAGUCAAAAGAAAGUGAUUCAUCCCCAGAAAGAGACAUCAGUCCAACGACGGCACCAGUUCCAGACUAUUUUCUUACACCUCCAGCAGCUUCAGUUGAUGUGUCUGAAGUGUCCACACCUAGUCUGACUAUAGACUCUGGACUCUUUGAGGAGGUAGCAGAGCAAUCCGUAAUCCCCUCUACUCCUGAGUCUUCAGAGGAUGAUGGCACAGAGGCAGAGACAGAGCAGAGUGAGCCAGCCGUGGUCAUUAUUGAUGAAGACUUGUCAGAGGCGGAGCAGAAAGGAGGCGAAACUAGUCCACCGGCGGCCACCGAAGACUUCAUCGCUGAGGAUGUAAAGGACCUGGCAGUGGAGCUGGAUCAAACGGACGUAGCAGCCACAGAGGUAAACGUGCUGCCGGACGAGGGGAGUGGCUUCCCACCCGUGUGGAAGGAAAACGCCCCUGUCAGCGUCACAGCACCGCCUCCAGUGAGAUAUCUGACCACACCCACCAUGACCAGGGCCAGCCAGGGCAGGGAGCUGGUAGUGUUCUUCAGCCUGCGCGUCACCAACAUGGAUUUCUCCGAGGACCUCUUCAACAAGACAUCUCUGGAGUACAAAUCCCUGGAGAACACUUUCUUAGAUGUGCUGCUGCCGUACCUGCAGGCAAACCUCACGGGCUUCAAGAAACUGGAGAUUCUUAACUUCAGGAAAGGCAGCGUGGUCGUCAACAGCAAGAUGAAGUUCGCCAAAUCAGUGCCGUACAACAUCACCAAGGCCGUCCACUGUGUCCUGGAGGAGUUCUGCUCCGCUGCCUCCAAGAACCUGCACAUCCAGAUCGACACCCGCUCUCUGGAUGUUGAACCAGCCGAUCAGGCAGACGCCUGCAAGUUCCUGGCCUGCGAUGAGUUUUCUCGCUGCGUGGUGAACGGCCGCACGAAGGAGGGGGAGUGUUUGUGUGAGCCGGGCUACCUGUCAGUGAAUGGCCUGCCCUGUCAGAGUGUGUGUGACCUGCAGCCAGAUUACUGCCAAGGAGGGGAGUGUCACAUAGUUCCAGGACAUGGAGCCAUGUGCAGGUACAAAGACAGUUACACCCUCCCAGGCCUGGCCAGUUAAGAGAAUAUAUUGGAUUGGAUACCACCUGAAAAAAAACCCCACACAAGACUGGAUGACACUGGACUCAGCAGCAGGACCUCGGGACUCCUCAGGGCCCCACAGUGAAAAAAAAUUAAUAAAUGAUGCUGAGCUGAAGAGACUUGAGGACAAACUGUUCACGUCAAAGCUUCGUAUCAGAGGACAAUCUCCUUUCAGGGGAAACAGACAUUUAGGCCAUUCUGAAAACGGUCUGCUGCUGAGGGCAGCGUGACGAUGAAGAGGAGCUCAGUGGACGAAUCUGCAGCAUCGAUCAGGUGGAUGUUGAUCAACCCUGGACUGUUUUUAUACUCGUUCGCUGACUCUCUUUCUGUAGUAAAUAGACUGGUUGUUGGUUAAAACUACACAGGAUCUCAGAUGAAAGUUCAAAUACGGAAACAACAAAGGAACCUUGCAUGAAGGAUCUGUUCUUUUCUUCAGUAUGUUUACACUGAAGAACCUGAUGUAAACCUGAACCUUGCACAUAGUAUAACUGAAGCUGUGGCUCACUUGAUGGAUCAGUAGUGACUAAUAGGCAAACGAGUCUGAUAGACCAGUUCCAGAGCAAUAUAGUUUUUGAACUUGUGAGCCCUUCAACUCAAGCAACAUCUUCAGCACUUCAACCACAAGCCCCAAACCUCUUGCUGCUUGUUUCAGUGUAAGGAUAUUUAGAGGCCCGAUGAGCUGAAAGCAAAAACUAGCUCUUAUUAUCAAUUUAAUCAUUUCCUAUCUCCUCGGGUUUAUUUUGGGACCUUGUGGGGUCGCCCAAGUGAUUUAAGAUCCAUAUGAUUCAUCCUCUGGGGAACAUGCACAGUAUAUCAUUCGUCCAGUAGUAGCUUAUAUAUCUUAGUCUGAACCAAAGUGGUGGAACAGGCUAGCAUUAGAUUAUAAUCUAAGAUUCUGAUAGUAUUUUUUUAACCAAGUCCUGAUAUGAUCCCCGAGGCACAAAUAUGGUCAGUGUAUUCGAGGUCAGAGUUUCAGUCAGUUCAAAUGAGCUCCAUCAGCUAUCACUGCUGUUACUCUCACAACAUUUACAUUCACAUUACUUCUUAAUAAUGAAAGUUAAUGUUGACCUCUUGAAAAGGCACGGUUUGAAAUCACUGUGUUGUUCCUUAAACAUCAUAAUCAGUACCACGACUGGGAUGUUUCAUCCAUGUUGAGUCCCUCUCCAUCGUGGACUGCCUGGGCGCUGCAGAUGUAGACGGUCAUGUUGUGUACUCCAUUGGGUGGAGGCAGCUAAGGUGGUAAAGCCAGUUAGUUGUGUUGCUGGUCCUGGUCGGGACAACAGCGUUCUGAUAUUUAUCCAACUUCCAAAAAACUCUGCUUUCUAUCGUUGAUGUGUAUCGCGCUCAUUUCAUUGCCCGGUCGUAUCCAGGACCGUCACUGCAACUGACCAGUCACUUUUCAGUAAUGUCAUAGUUUUUAGACUCCAGGAAAAAGACUGUGAAAUUAUAUUCAUGUGGGAAGUUACUCUUUCUAACAUGUGGUUUUUAUUCUCUGAACCUAAACAACCAGUGAGCUGUUAUUGGACAUUGGUGUAGAAGCAGGACGACAGCCCAGACCUCUAAAUACAGACGUUUAUCACCAUUUGGUCAGUUGCAGUGACAAAACCAACACAGCGAUAUCAAAUAAACCUUGGCAUGAGUAGUUCUCAAUAAUCCCAACUUGAGGUCCAUUUAGUGUCUUCUAAAGGAGCAUUCACACAGCAUUUCACAGUCUUUAUCAGACAGGGAGAGAGUUCUCAAAGAAAUCACAACACCUUAUCAUCUGUCAACAGACCAAUCUCAAUUACAGAGUGUCAAACAAAAAAAACUUAUUUUUUUAUUUUUACUUUAAUCACAUGUCUAGCUGUAGUACCUGUUCUUUGAACAUUGCAACAGAGUCUGAUGUUUCUUCUUUCUGAGCACAAAGGAUCAAUAUUUUUGUCCAAAUGAAACCAUUCUGUGAGUUGUUAGAUCUUUAAAUAUCAUCACCGUGUUCUCCUGUACAGUUCAUGUAAAUAGACAAUCACUGUUCUUUUCUCUGAGUCAACAGAUCUUCUGAUGAUGGCUGCUACUUUUUUUUGGGGGGGGGGGAAACACCAAACUAUAAUUUGGAAGUUUUCUUAUUUAAAGUGUUAAAUGAAUAGUUGAAAAUACAAGCUGUGUUCAAUAACAAAACGUCAUCUGUUCAUUUCUUUAAAAACGUCAUCUGUUCAUGACACCAGUCUGAAGGAGAAAGAAGGAGCAGCGCAGUGAGUGAAACAUGGAAUGCAUUUAUUUGUCUGUUAGAGAGAUCAGCGUUAGAAAAAAAUGACAGUGGACAAAGGCAGUGCUUCCCGAGGAAUGAUUGUAAUGUGUGGAGAGGAACGGAUCGAAGCAGAGGCAGGACAGUUUCAUCUACAUCUGAGGGAAGAUUCAAGGUCGUCACUCGGGUGUUAGAACCAACGCUGAGGUCUUUAUGGUGGGCAAAGCUCAGGAUGUGUCUCCUUUACACUCGGCAUCAACAUGCUGUAAAACACAUGGGAAACCACUCAGCUCACCUGGUUCAAAGCCCUGAAGGUGUUCACUGGCUGCAUGUUUCACUUUAGCUCUGCUGUUUCUGGGUGUCCAUCAUUUCUGAUUUGUUUAAAAUCCAGUUCAGAUCUUUGAGAUGUAACUCUGUCUGAACCUGAGCUGAUCUGAUUUUUCUUUAGUCCCUGUACUGCAUGUCUCUGAUGUUACAUCAUCAACUAAAGCAGGAAACGGCUCAAUAACCCAAAUCCGGAAGAGAGAAACGAAGCAAAUGAAGAGUUUGAAGCAAAUUUCUUUUGAAAUGUCAAAAAAUUAUCGACUGGUGUGGAGCGAAUAAAUUAGGAUACACCCGAGUGUAGUUUGGUCAGAAGAUGGUGGUAUAAGCUACAUUACGCACUGUUGUAAUAAGUGGUAGAAGAAGGAGACGUCGCUAAAAACCAACCACCAAUAAAUCUCGAAGACGGGGAAACAACAUCAGCUGCCAUGGCUGUCUGCGAGGGAAUGUGAAACUGACAGUCGACUUAAGUCUCAGAGAAGAACGUUCUUGUUUUUUUGGGUUUUUUUGCAGUUUCCAUCAACUGUUUCUGAUGCGCUGCUUCAAAGUGCUGAUAAAAAUACAUUGAAGGUAACACGGCUAAUGUGUCUGAGAGGCGAAAGAACACAGAACCUGAAUUGGUAUAAAAAUUGUCUGAACAGAACUCACACCAAAUUGGUCCGACUAAUUUGUGUAACUGAUUAACUUUGAACGGAAUGUUCAGUUAUCAUGUUAUUCACGCCGUCUCUCUGUUCAUUUAACUGUGUAUGAGCAGCAUUUAGAAACCAGGAUCAAUCAGAAUAUCGGAGGAGACAAAUCUGUUCCAUCAGACAAACUGGAGACGGACGGCUGGUGAAUGCAGAGAUGGAGUGAACACUGAUGGGAGAUCGAAGUCCAAACUGGCCACAUUUGAUCGAAACACCUGUUUUUCAGGACGCCUGUCGUUUUAUAUGUAGUUUAUAUAUAGACGUAUAUUAGUUUGAAAUUUGAUUGAAAAGUACAUUUUUACUUGGAUAAAAGUCUAAAAAAACCUCUUUUUAAUCCCUCUUUAACAGAGAUGUCUAGACGUCGUCUGACCCAGGCACCAGCACAUCAAACCUUUCCGUCUCUGCUGUCACUAUCAGACCUUCAGUGUAUCUCUGAUGGAUUCCUUCAUUGAUUUUGCGCCCGUUUCCUGCAUGUUGAUGCCGGCUGUAAAAGGGGUUUAGCUACUUUGCAACGAGACAGAUCUUCAUGCCUUCAGACGAUUCACCUUUUUGUUGUUGUUGUUGUGCAGAGAAGAGAAAAAAACAAACUAACAGAAAGCUCAGGAACAAACUUGGCAACAGGUGAAUAGAGGAGAUGUAACGUCGCAGCAGAUUGUCUUUAAGUUGUUUUUGUACCCAUCAGAAGAGGCAGGGGAUUUUUUUUUUUUUCCCCUCCCCUCUCAGUGUAGUUGGUGAUUUAUUGCUUCUCUUGACAAUCUCAUUCACCCGGACCACUCAGGUACAAAAAUGUUCUUUCAAAAUAAAACUUUUACAUUCCAGUUGGAACGUCGCUGUUUGGCUGCAUUGUUCUGUACCUGCUGUAGAGAAAAUAUUCAGUGUUGUGUGUGAAUGUUCCAGUUCAGAGUACCAGUGCACCGUCACACAGCAGACACAUCCAAUCACACAUGAGACUUUUGAACCAAACAGCCACGCGGAGCGUUUGUCUUUUAUCAAUGACACUGCCUUGGGAAUCACUGCAUUGGCAAAAAAUAAAAUAUGCUUCCUCGUGUAAAAAGAUCAAAUUUGAAGACUAAAGAUGAAGAGUGUUUUUUUUUGUUUGUUUGUUUGUUUUGCAGCGCUGAUCUGGUCUCAAACAGCACAAGAGGAGUUGCAUGUCAGCUUUUUGCAUAAUCAUUUCACAUUUUUUCUUUCUGCUUCGCUCCAUAAACAAAAAACUAAAUCACGGAGUUAAAUUUCUGCUCUGGCCAAAAAAAAAA